AUGGAUGUUGAAAGUGGUGUGCUGCAGGAGCAGGAGGACGAUUUGAGGCGGGGGGUGGUGGUGGUGGUGGUGUUGCAGGUGAAGCUGAUGGACGAGAUGGCUGCCGAGGGCAGGGAGUGCGUGAACUGCGGCUCGGUGUCCACGCCUCUGUGGCGCAGGGACGGAACCGGACACUACCUGUGCAACGCCUGCGGCCUCUACCACAAGAUGAACGGCAUCAACAGGCCGCUCAUCAAGCCCCAGAAACGCCUGCAGGCCACGUCCCGCCGAGCCGGCCUGUGCUGCACCAACUGCCACACCAGCACCACCACGCUGUGGAGGCGAAACGCCGAGGGGGAGCCCGUCUGCAACGCCUGCGGCCUCUACAUGAAGCUGCACGGGGUGCCCCGACCUCUGGCCAUGAAGAAAGAAAGCAUUCAGACCCGAAAACGCAAACCCAAGGUCUCCAAGAACAAAACUUCCACAGGCUCCGUCACGUCCGACACCAGCUCCCCGUCCUCCCUGUCCGUCUCGGAGCGCGCCUGCAGCGUUAAGAGUGAGCCCGGCGUGGCCCCGUCGCCCUACACGGGUCAGAGCGUCACACCUGGCUCUCAGACAGUGUCUCAGCUGGACAGCGCAGGAUCUGGACAUGUGGACAUUAAGUAUGAGGACUACCAGUUCACCGUGUCCUCGUUAGCGCCACAGAACUCCUGGUGCGCUCUGUCUCAGGCGUGAGCUUCCUCUGAGAACUGGACCUCUGUUUUACCUGAAGCUGCCUUCCUGAGGGGCGUGGCCUCCUUCUGAUCCAGACCCGAGGGAGAACCAAUCAGGACCCAAAGGGGCAGAUGGAGAAUAGGCUGCAGACUUCUGGCUCAUUCUGACAGAUGAAAGUCCGCCUGGACUGGACCGGUUUUAUCCGACCGUGUUAUCCUCUGCUGAGCUGAGAAACUGGACCGCCUCUCGUCCAGGGAGCCAUGUUUCCUCUAAACUACCUACAACCCAAAAUAAAAACGCGUUUUGUUUUGGGACGGAUGCAAAGACGAUCAAGUGGAAUGUAAAAGAAUAAAAUGCAAAGAUAA